ACUACUUUUACUUCAGUAAACGAUGUGCAUACUGCCAUCGUCUACCACACCUGUCCACCAGGUGUGUUGGAGACAAUAUUCAUUUUGACAUAAUCCUUCUUUUUGGACUCAUUGGUUGGCAGAAUUUAAGAAAUGCUGAUCCUGGAGCAGCCUGGAGAAGCCCGGGCAGCGUUCACUAAUCCCCUCUGAGCCCCUCCCACCCUGAGAGUGAACCCAACUAUAAGGAGACGGCCUCGCUCUCCUUCUCCUUCUUCUUCUUCUCCUUCUUCUCCUCUUCCUGUCACCAUGUUUCCUCUGCAGCUGCUCGCUCUGCUCUUCAUCUCCACACCGAGACCCAGGCCAAGGGAGGAGGAGGAGGAGGAGGAAGAGGGACGGACAGACAGGAAGUACGAGCUGUCUCUGAGGAGGGGAGACCUGCUGGAGGUUCCCAGGACUCUGUUCACACACUUUGGGGUUUACCUGGGGGGAGACAGAGUGGCUCACUUCAUCCCAGACAUCCUGCCCGUCGUCUCCAGUGACCAGUGCAGAAUCAGACAGAUGGUCACCAACAGCCGGCUCCUACUGGGAGUACUGGCCAAGUGUGGCAGUGUGAGGGUGGACUCGGUGGAGGACUUCGCCUACGGAUCACAGAUACUCGUCAACACUAUGGACAAGGUGUGCAGCCGCCCGGCGCUGCAGGCGGAGGAGGUGGCGAGGAGGGCGGAGAAGCUGCAGGGUCACGUGACCUACAGCCUGCUGUGGUAUAACUGCGAACACUACGUCAUGUACUGUCGCUACGGCACCGUCGUGAGCUUCCAGACGUUUCAGUUCUGUAAGACAGCGAGGAAGCUGUUGCUGAGUCGGCGUGUUGCCAAGGCGACGGCGGUGCUGGGUGUGUGUGUGCUCCUCUACCUCGGGGAUGUGACCUCCUGCUCUGCUGGACUGGCCAUCCUGCUGCCCUUCCUCAUCUGGAUGGCUGCAUGAACACAUCAAACUGAGAGUGAAUCAUCAACAUCAGGAUGUGUCUUCAUGUCUACACAUGAGAAGAAUCUGUAAAAGUGACACAAGUCUAAUGAGUAUUGUAUUUUUGAGUUUUUGCUGCUAUAAUCAUACAUUUACUGUAAUACUGUUUCUCUGUAACGCUGUUUUAAUCUUCAAAAAGAAGCAUUUAAUAGCUUUUUAUUAAAUAAAUCAAAUCAUAAAAAAUGUGGAAAUGUCUUGAAAUAUAAAAUCUAAAAUAAAAUAAAAAAUGUAAAAUAGAAAAAAAAGUUAAAUAAAUAA